AAAUCACACUUCACUCUUCGGCUCUUUCAUUCCUGCAACAGGAAGCGGAAGAAGAAACGAAGAAGAAGAGGAAAUAUGGAGACCCAUAAUUCCUCUUUCGCUAACUUUUCUUCUUACCUUCGCGCACUUGCCCAGACACCGGCCCGUUUCGCCCGACGGGCCUUUUCCGCAACCACUUCUUACGAGGAAAUGAGUCGGGUACGGGCCAAGUCCGGCUCAAAUAUGCGCAGAACUCUUCGUUGGUACGAUCUCAUCGGACUCGGCAUCGGCGGCAUGGUAGGUGCCGGCGUUUUCGUCACCACGGGUUGGGCCAGCCGCUCAGACGCCGGCCCCGCCGUAGUAAUUUCCUAUGCCAUUGCUGGUGUUUGCGCUCUUCUCUCCGCCUUCUGCUACACUGAAUUCGCCGUUGAUAUGCCCGUCGCCGGUGGCGCCUUCAGCUACCUCCGUGUCACUUUUGGCGAGUUCGCGGCAUUUAUAACCGGAGCCAACCUCAUAAUGGAGUACGUCAUGUCAAAUGCCGCCGUUUCACGGAGCUUCACGGCGUAUGUUGGCGCCGCAAUCGGCGUCUCCGCUCCAAAAUGGAGAUUUACCGUGCACGGACUCCCUAACGGCUUUAACGAAAUCGAUUUCGCCGCCGUGGCCACCGUUUUAUUUCUCACUUUCAUAAUCUGUUACAGUACUAGACAGAGCUCAAUGCUGAACAUUGUUCUCACUGUACUGCACAUUUUGUUCAUCGUGUUCGUGAUAGUGAUGGGGUUUUGGAGAGGGGAUACUAAGAAUUUGACUGAGCCAGCGAAUCCGAAACACCCGUCCGGGUUUUUCCCGUACGGAGCUUCUGGUGUUUUUAACGGAGCCGCCAUGGUUUAUUUGAGUUAUAUUGGAUACGACGCCGUUUCAACCAUGGCUGAAGAAGUCCAAAAUCCGGUUAAGGAUAUCCCUGUCGGGGUUUCGGGUUCCGUUGUUAUCGUUACCAUUCUUUACUGCUUAAUGUCUGCUUCAAUGUCCAUGCUUCUCCCUUAUGAUAUGAUCGAUACGGAGGCGCCGUUUGCGGCGGCGUUUAGUGGGAAAUCGGACGGGUGGAAGUGGGUGUCAAACGUGAUAGGAGUGGGGGCCAGCUUCGGGAUACUGACGUCGUUGUUGGUGGCGAUGCUUGGACAGGCUCGGUACAUGUGCGUAAUCGGACGGUCGGGCGUGGUCCCUGAAUGGUUCGCUCGGGUCCACCCUAAGACAUCUACGCCUGUCAACGCCUCCGCUUUUCUUGGAAUCUUAACUGCUGCUAUUGCUCUUUUUACCGACCUAAAUGUGCUACUCAACCUUGUAUCAAUCGGGACACUAUUCGUCUUUUACAUGGUGGCAAAUGCCGUUAUCUAUAGACGUUAUGUAAAAGUGGGGACGACAAAUCCAUGGCCUACAUUAUCCUUCCUGUUCUUGUUUUCGGUGACCUCUGUCAUAUUCACCCUGAUAUGGCGUUUUGUCCCACCAUACAAGUCUAAAGCCUUUAUGCUCGGAUCAUGCAGCGUAAUCGCCAUAGCAGUACUGCAGAUUUUUCAUUGCAUGGUUCGACAAGUGAAAAAGCCGGAGUUCUGGGGUGUCCCUUUGAUGCCAUGGAUACCCUGUAUAUCUAUCUUCUUGAACAUAUUUUUACUGGGGUCACUUGAUGGACCAUCCUAUGUCCGAUUCGUAUUCUUUACGGUUUUGGCAGUGCUUGUAUAUGUUUUAUACAGUGUUCAUGCUAGCUUUGAUGCUGAAGGAGAUGAGUGUUUCGGUCAAAAGAAUGGAGAAAUUGUACAUGAAUCUACAGAAAGUGAGGACCCUAGAUUUAAAGUAUAA